UGUACGAUUCUAAUGCCUUUAUUGUGGCUUCAUCUCCGGUUACGAUGGUAAUGUGCUUACGUGUGUAGGCUCUUUCCUUCAUUUUCCGGACACAAUUUGUUAUUGCUAGGAUGUUUGCUUGAAAAGCUGUCGUAGUUCUACCCAGGUUUAAGGUGAUCCUUUCCCCAGUUCUUCCUUUUUCGACUAUACCAGCGCCUGUGCCCGACGCUGUUUACCAAACCAAUUAUACAUGCUUGGCUGUAUCUUUCUCCUGGUCUUCUCCAAAUAAAAGCUCGCCCAUCCGAAGCAAUCAGUAAACAAGACUUUCUUCCAGUCAUCCAAAUCUCAAUCAACGUUUUCUCGAGAAAACUCACGCCUAGCUUGCUUGUGGGCUAUGGCUAAGAUAGGAUCGUUUGCGGGAUGUUUUGCACUCAAUCCGGAUUCACUGAGCCUUCUUCUUACCGUUUUGGAAGAAGCAGCCACAUUUCGGGCAUUUUGAAAUCGAUUUUUUAUCUCAUUUCCGGUAAUAAACCAAUUUCUUAAAAAUUGCAGUCGUAUAAAACGAUCGUCCACUUGGUGGGUCUUGGUCGGCGUUCCCCUAGUCAUCUAGCAUGACAAACUGUUGACUGAUGAACACCCGACCUUCGGGCGACUUCACGUUGGGAAUACCCUUCCAACAAGGUGACAGUUUCGGCCGAAUCAAACUCACUUAAAUUUCUUCCUGGAGACAUUUCAAGGCGAAUACACUUUAGUUACACACACAAGUUAGGAAAAACGCAAGAAAAUUGAAUCGAAAACAGUACCACACUUGGCGAGUUUCAGCCUAAAAUCACAGUACUUUUGUGCUUGUUAUCUGUGACUGGAAAAGUUUAUGUUUUGCCUUAAUAACAAUCGCGAAUUGGUUAUACAUAUUGUCGUGCAGGGAAACCCCCAUUACAGGAGAACCACAUUCUGCUGACAAAAAUAAACAUAAAAAAUUUGGGUGCAUAGUGGGAGCGCGCGUAUCGGAUAGGGAAACCCCGUUCUGCUGAUAAAAAACAAAAAAAAAAUUGCUUCUACAGCGGCAAUGCUCGUAUCGGAUACGAAAACCCCGUUCGUAUGAUAACAAAAACGCGCACAGCAAAAAAGCGCGUAUCUUGCAGGGGAAUCCAUAUAGGAUUACAGCCGUAUAUUACAGGGAACCUCUUUUUGCUGGGAUAAAUAAGCCUGCACCGAGUCGAGAGACUCGGUCAGUCCCGUUUUUUCUCCAGAUUACAUUCUGAAGGAUCAGAUUAAUUUUUCUGGACCGCACUUCAGAGUACUUUUGAGUGGACAGAACCCGACUGAUUCCAACUUUUGAAAGACAAAAGUAACGUAGAUCUUUGCCGUUUAGUGUGUGGGUUUUUUCUUAUCUAGCUUGACCACGAUUGGCUAUAGAAAAAGUUUAUUAAGCGAAUGCCAAGUGGUUCCAGAAUUUAAGGAUUCCAAAAUGAGUGGCAUGAGCAGCAUUUUUAAAUAGAGACCAUUUAAGCACUUUCAGAGCACUAUACUUUAUUCCAAACUGCCAAUCCCUUUCCAUGUUAAAGAGUUAUUGCUGUCGUAAAAUAACAAACUUACAAAAUGGGUGGUGCAUUAAAGUAAAAGAAGAAGUUACAAUUGAUGAACAGGACCUGUCCAAGCUUGAAAGCAUAAAAUUGAAAGCAGAUAAGACAUCGACCACAAAUGAGUUCUGUUGCAAUGUUUGUAGUACACAAUGCAGUGAUUUACAGCAGCUGAACGAACAUUUGUUAACUCAUAUACAGAAAUCGCCUUAUUUAUGCGACAUUUGCAAUUUAAGAUUCAAGUAUAAAAGUUAUUUAGCUCGGCAUCGAAACAGGCAUAUUCAUAUGCACAAACAUUCGCUAACCAAUAUACAGAAAUUUCCUUAUGCAUGCGACGUUUGCAAUUUAGGAUUCAAGUAUCAAAGUUAUUUAGCCCGUCAUCGAAACACUCAUGCUCAUAUACAGAAAUAUUUGCUAACUCAAAAACAGCAAUUGCCUUAUGCAUGCGAUAUUUGCAAUUUAGGAUUCAAGUAUAAAAGUUAUUUAGCUCGGCAUCGCACCACGCAUAUAGAAGAAAAACAGCACAUUUGCAAUAUUUGCCAGCAUGAGUUUAAGUACAAAUCAAAUUUGAAUGCGCAUUUAAAAACACAUUCAGACGAUCGACCUCACGCAUGUGAUUUAUGUGGUUCAACGUAUAAGACAACUCGUCAGCUAAGAGAUCACCGAAAUAAGCAUACGAAGGAAAUACGCUAUCACUGUAAUGUUUGUAAUAAAAUGUUUUUGACAUCUCGAAGCUUAUCGGCCCAUAAAGUGAGUCAUUCCGAUCAACGCCCUUUUAAAUGCAAUUUUUGUACGCGGAGUUUCAAAACAAAACAGGCUUUACAAGAUCAUCGAAAUUUGCAUACGAAGGAGAAACAGUUUCAUUGUAAAAUUUGCAAUAAAUCUUUCACCGGUCGAGGGGCUGCAGCUUAUCAUUCAAAAACUCAUUCAAAGAACGCCCCUUCAGUUGCGAUAAAUGCAAUUUGAGGUUCAAAUUGAAGCAUAAUUUUAAGAAUCAAGAAAAAAUCCAUAUGGACCAACGGAUUAAGGCAUAAAAACUCCGAAAUUUAUUACUAUGUACAAAGCAAACGUGGUAUUUCUACUUUUAGAUAAGAAAUGGGUAUUUAAGCUAUGGAAGAGAGGGACAUUUUUCAUUUUUUUAAUAAAAACCACUUCAUUUUUCAACUACAUAAUUUCAACUUAAACUGCUAUCAAUUUGUCUAGUGCACCUGGCAAUGAAAAUGAAUAUUCCUAACAAUAAUGGUGCUAAAAUUGGUUUGUGAAAUUUGGGUUAAUUUACUGUAGCUCACAAAAAUAUUGGAUUGGUUUUGUCUUACUUACUAUAUGUUCCAUAAUAAAGGUAUCAUGAGGAAAAUGCCUGAUACAGUGUGUAGCCCUAAUCGUACAUAUGAAUAAACAAUUAAUAUCCAGUGUCUGACCGACGCUUUUUUGACUACUUAGCCCUCCUCAAGAAAUUAGGGGUUUGCAUUAAAAAAAAUUAAAUUUUCUUUGGACGAACGAAGCUUACGUAAGUGGUUUGGCAUUUUCAAGCGCCACAUAGUCUCCUACGUGGUUGCAAAAAUUAUGUGACUGAAUGACGAUUAUCUCAGUCAGUUCUGGAGCCGAGAAAUCAAGGGAUAUUUGGGUUAAUUUCCGAGGGGGAUAUUUAUUAUAUAUAAUAUAUUAUAAUAAAUAACCGAUACUGAUCAGUCUGAACGUCGCACUUUUGCCAAUUGUCAAUAGUGUUACUUUUCGAGCCAGCUUUGUUCUUGAGAAUCCAGCCAAAAUUUGUCGUAGGCGCAAAUUAUACACAAUGAACUGAUGAUUGUGGAAAGAAUAAACAUCGAAACGUAUUCUGAGGAAUAAAGUGAAUUGUAUAUAACA